AUGCCUCACCGUGUCUACCAUGACGACAACAGCAGCAGCAACAGCGGCAUGACGGUUCAGACACCAUCUGCCUCAUCUACAGCCGUCUCGUCGCCAUCUCUGUCCACCACGACGACGCUAUCAUCCGUCUCCUCCGUCUCCUCCUCUUCCUCCGCCCCCGGAACCUCGACGUCAUCCGUGGUCGACCCCUCUAUCCUCCAGGCCCUCGACAUCGCUCGCGACUGCCCGGAUGGAUCCCGCGACCCAACCGUCAGCAAGAUCCUCGAGGGCGCAAUCGGUCACAUCUGGGCCAAGGUCGAGGCCGACCCGAACUCAUAUGUCAUGACGCGAGACGAGUUUGCCGUCUUCAACUAUUUCCAGCGUCGAUUCACAGGCAACGAUGUCGCCCGUCUGGCCAGGGCUCGGUACUGGGACAAUACCAGGGCUUAA